AUGUCGUCCGCUAUCAACCACACCCCCGAUCAACCUGAUAUCAUCAUCAUCGGCGCAGGCAUCGCAGGCUGCGGCCUCGCCUACUCCCUCUCUCACACCGGCCACCGCGUCCUCCUCAUCGAACGUGACCUCUCUCCUCCCGAUCGCAUAGUAGGCGAACUCUUACAACCCGGCGGAGUGGCCGCCUUAAGGAAACUCGGGAUGGGGGAUUGUCUGGAAGGGAUCGACGCUACGCCCGUCGAGGGGUAUUGCGUUUACAUGCAAGGGAAGGAAGUGCCCAUUCCUUACCCCACUUUGGACGCUUGUGUGGGUGAAGGACAGGAGAUCACCGAGGAUGAAAAGACGUGGAGCAGGAGCGGGAAGAAGGAAGGGAGGAGUUUCCAUCAUGGACGAUUCAUCGAUGCUCUCAGGCGGAAAGUUAUCAAGGACGCUCCUGGAGUCCAAGUACUCGAGGGGACCGUGAGCAACUUGGUGACUUGUGAUCAUACGACCAAGGUCAUCGGGGUCUCGGUCAAUCAGAAAGUCAAGGUGCAAAAGAAGGGACAGGAGGCACAGGGGUUAGAGGAGGUGGAGAUGGAGACGGUCUCCAGGAACUAUUACGCGCCGUUAACGAUCAUCGCCGAUGGAUGUUUCUCCAAGUUCCGUAAAGCCGCCACCCAAGCCGUCUCUCCCAAAACGCCAUCAUCAUCAUCAUCAAUAACAAAAUCGAACCCUUCAACCAAAUCCAAGAUCAGCCCGCCCACAGCGGAGACCAAAACCAAAUCACACUUCAUCGGCCUCGUCAUCAAAGACGUCCACCUCCCCAAAGCGCACCACGGGACGGUCUGUCUGACCCCGGCUGGACCGGUGUUGUUGUACCAGAUCGCCGACGAGGCGAGGGAGACGAGGUUGUUGGUCGACGUCAAGGGCAAGUUGCCGAGCAUCUCUGAUGGGAGUAUGAAGACGUACAUCGAGGAAAACUACCUCCCUCACCUCCCACCCUCGACCCAAGGUCCAAUCCAACAAGCCCUAUCGACCGACCAACUCCGCAAAAUGCCCAACAGCUUCCUCCCCCCCAAAAUGCAGGGGAGACGUAACGGCCGCUCGGGCGUCAUCAUGGUCGGCGAUUCCUGGAACAUGCGUCAUCCGCUCACAGGCGGUGGUAUGACGGUCGCGUUCAGCGACGCGGUCCUCUUGACGAAAUACCUUGCGCCGAGUCGGACGGAAGGGGAUGGAGGAUUGAGGGAUUUGCAUGAUUGGGAGGAGAUCAGGGAGAGGUUGCAGAGGUGGUAUUGGGAACGAAAAAACGUGGCGAGCGUGGUCAAUAUCUUGAGUAUCGCGUUGUACGACUUGUUUGGGGCCGACGAUGCCAACCUGGCCGUACUACGGGACGGUUGUUUCGCAUACUUUGAGCUCGGGGGAGACCGUGUCGCAGGACCUGUCGGGCUGCUCUCAGCCCUCACGCCCAAACCUCUGCUCCUCUUUUACCACUUCUUCUCGGUCGCAUUCUACUCGAUCUACAUCUUGUUCACCCGGGGCGAGAGUAGCAAGGGUUCCAAACCCGGGUUUGGGGAUUACCCGGCGCUCAUGGUCAGGAGCGGGCAAGUGUUCUGGACGGCAUGUGUGGUUCUGUUGCCUGUCAUCUGGUCGGAGGUUCGGUUGUAG